AUGUCUACAGGAACAGACACCAAGGUGACAGGGAGAGACAUUUGCAAUGACAGUCAUUUAAACAUGGCUCAAGGGGAGUCCUCCAAGAAAGGCUUCUGCUCAGUCCGGCACGGGCUGGCUUUCAUCCUGCAGCUCUGUAAUUUCUCAGUUUAUACCCAACAAAUGAACUUGAGCAUCGCCAUCACAGCCAUGGUGAAUGGCACGACGGCACCCAGCCAGCCCAAUGCCUCCACAGAGAGACCACCCACGGGCUCCCAGGACCACUGGAACGUGACGCUCCGGGAGCUCAAGGCAGUGGCCCCUGCCUAUGACUGGACUCCUGAAAUCCAGGGGAUUCUUCUCAGCUCCCUCAGCUACGGCUCAUUCCUGGCUCCCAUCCCCACUGGCUACGUGGCCGGGGUGUUUGGGGCCAAGUACGUGGUUGGUGUGGGCUUGUUAAUCUCUUCAGUCCUGACUCUCUUCAUUCCACUGGCGGCUGAUGCUGGAGUGGCCUUGGUCAUUGUCCUUCGAGUCAUCCAAGGUGUAGCCCAGGUUAUGGUACUGACAGGGCAGUAUUCAAUUUGGGUCAAAUGGGCUCCGCCGCUGGAAAGAAGUCAACUCACCACCCUUGCUGGGUCAGGAUCCAUGCUGGGGACCUUUGUCGUGCUUCUUGUGGGAGGUCUCCUCUGCCAGACCAUGGGAUGGCCCUAUGUCUUCUAUAUCUUCGGUGGGAUAGGCUGUGCCUGCUGUCUUGUCUGGUUUCCUCUCGUCUAUGAUGACCCAGGGACCCAUCCUUUUAUCAGCACAGCCGAGAAGAGUCACAUCGUGUGUUCGCUGGCUCAGGAGGACUGUGUGCCAGGUUGGUCUCUUCCCAUUAAGGCUAUGAUCAAAUCCCUACCACUCUGGGCCAUUGUGGUCUCCUAUUUCUGUGAAUACUGGCUGUUUUCCACAAUAAUGGCGUACACACCCACAUAUAUCAGCUCCGUACUUCAAGCCAAUGUCCGAGAUAGUGGGCUCCUCUCAGCCCUGCCAUUCGUCGUUGGUUGUGUCUGCAUUAUCCUUGGAGGUCUGCUGGCAGAUUUCCUCCUCUCCAGAAAACUCCUCAGGCUCAUCACCAUCAGGAAACUCUUCACUGCUGUAGGGGUUCUUGUCUCCUCUGGGAUCCUCCUGCCCCUGCCCUGGGUCAGAUCCAGCCUCAGCACUACGAUGGCCUUCUUGGUUCUGUCUGCUGCCUUCAGCAGCCUCUGUGAGGCGGGAGCCCUUGUGAACUUCCUGGACAUCGCUCCUCGGUAUGCAGGCUUCCUCAAGGGACUGCUACAAGUCUUUGCUCACAUAUCCGGAGCCAUUGCUCCAACUGCUGCUGGGUUUUUCAUCAGUCAGGAUUCAGAGUUUGGUUGGAGAAAUGUCUUCUUCCUGGCAGCUGUCAUUGACAUCUUCGGCCUGGUUAUCUACCUCAUCUUUGGCCGAGCAGAAGUGCAGGACUGGGCUAAAGAGCAGAUGCUCUCCCACCUCUGA